GGACCCGAUUUCCAGCAGGUGCUGCUCCACACCAAUAGAUGGAGCCCCCGAGAGUGCUAGUGGUGCCUGCUCGUAUCAGCACCCCACUGCAACCCACAAAGCCACGGCCACAGGAUAUUGCCCGAUUCUUAAUCAAGGUAGCUUUACAGCGUGCAGCGAAAAAGCAAAAGGUGACUUAUCCGGAGAUGGUGAAGACACCUCGUGGCUUGAGACGGGAGUUUCACGACGACAUCACAUGUAUCGUCUUCUUCUUCAAUCACUACUCGUCCCUGCAGCCACUCGCCACGAAAGCGCAAUUUGGUCCGUAUUGGCAGGCUAUCCGCAAUGUGAGCUGGCUUGGGCGAAGCAAUUCUUCGGGACCUAGCAUACAUUCUGGGCAGCUGCCCAUCUCAGAAGAGGAGUUAAGCUGUCCAGUUGCUUUUCAGACAACAGAUUACAUAGAGACCGUCGGAUUAAGAAGUCACAUGUUCACAGGAGGGGUUCUCGAUACCCACCAUGGAAUAGAGCAGGGCGUCGUGAGCCCGAGCUUCUCGUUGACAGCUCCAACAGCCGGUUGCGUGAUUCAGCAAAAUGUAUUCGGUAGCCACGUGGAGGCAUGCUCUGUAGGAGGCGGAAUUCCCACCACCCAGAUGUUUAUUAGGGGUCGAUUUGGGGGAGCUGUUAUUGGAGGGGGCGCAGGCAAUGGGGUGCUUGGUGUUGGGGCCCCAGGUUUGGGCGUCGGACUUCCAGAGGGGGCAGGUAUGGAAAUGGCCAUGGGCGUGGGUCCCGAGGCAGGUGGCCUGAUGAGAAAGAAUUCACGGUCUCAGCAUGCAUGUUUUGAAGGUUGUGAGAAGGUGGAGGACAUCCAGGCUGACUCUAAUCCGGUCAACCAUGAAGAUUGACCUUUGAGCUCAGAUUGAGUUAGGCCGCAGAAAUUUUGGGAGCAGAUUGAAUUGGCAGGAGAAAUGCUGGGAAAUGAUCAUGAGAAGGAGGAGGAGGAGGAGGAGGAGAAUCAGGUCAAACAUGAAAUUGAGUGAACUGAAGCUACCAGUCAGUAGCAAUAGUAAGAAGAGCAAGGAGACUUGCAGCAGUUCUCUGUGUAGGGGUGGCUACACUAUGGGCCACACCCCGAUGACGAAGUUGCGUGCCAACUCAGGAUGAACCUGGUGAAGUGGCUAGACCAGAUCAUGGUAAGCUAGCACACAACAGCACCAUAGUAGUGUUACCUAUGGGUAUAUCUACAUCGUUUUUCAACAAGUGAUAAUUGAUCUUUCAAAAUUUAAGAUUUUAAACAAGCAUUAUCGUUUUAGCCUUCAGGACCUUCAUGUACGCUUAUUUUUUUUGUCUGUCUAUGAAGUAACGGAUUGGACCGUCCUCAGUGUAGGUAAAGAAAAACAAGAAAACCAGAACCAAGGCCACAUUCACACUAGCUGUAGCUGUAUUUGGCUACAACUAUGUCCAUGAACAACUUGCAAAGUCCAAGUGUGACUAUGCUCCUAGGGUCUCCUUAGACUUAUGUAGAGAACUCCUUGAAAACAGGUUUUGUGUCUUUAAACUGCGUCCUGAUGACGAGUCAACUUGGAGUCUGGAAAGCAAAUGUGAAAACAUGUCUAGGACAUGUCCUAGAGACUCCAGGACGAGACAACCAUUUCUUCGGAAUUGAACUCUCUGGAAUCCUGUAGGACAAAAGUUGGCAGAGCAGCAAUGGGAUCUCUGAAACUCAACAGAAGCUGUAUCGACUGAAGCACUUUUUUUUUUCGCUUUCUGUUUGUUUGUUUUUUCCGCUGAUGUCAGUUCUUCCUAGCUGUGUGUGGUGUGCGGGAGAGUGGUGGCCAUAGCCACUGCUGCUACUUGAUGGGGGGUGGCCUGGGUGGGGGAAGUAGAUGGGCGGCGCAGCUACUGGCAAAAUGCUUGGUCUUCGAGUUAGCCGGCCCCCCCCACCGGCGGCCCCACCCUACUUCCUGACCACCUCCGCUUAGGGCGGGGAGCCAACAUGCAUUCUCUUACUUGUGAGAGGUAGCUAUGCUUGCAGGGGUCCCCUGUAUAGGCCUAGGAGCAGUGCUAGGUAGGUAGUUAAAGGUGAAAUUGAGAGAAGAAUAUAGCUUAGUUUUUAAGCACACCAAAAAAAGGAUGGGAAAAAAUAAUUCUUGCACUGUGGAAUGAGAAGCCAGCUUAGGGCGAAGUAAUCACCAAAAUCCUUCAAGGACAGUCCUUGAGUUCUUAACAUUUUUUUCUAGAUGUGUCUAACCUCGAAGAGUCAAACAGCUCACUGAGGCUUACGUGUCAGUUCAUCCACAGAAUACUACAAUCCAGUAACAUUCUGUUAAACCGCGAGUUCACCUGAAGCAGAGUAAGGCUCUUACCGGCUUACAUGGUAAGAGCUUUUCGAUUCGGGCCCGGGCCCACAGGCCAUUUUUAAUAGGCGCAGUUGCAGGCUCACGAGCCUUGGAAGGUAGCUCUAUCAGCAUAGGCUCGUGUGAACUGGUGGCUUAAUGACCGUAAUCACAGGCCUAGCUAGACCCACUGGUACUCCCCCACAGUGUCCCCUUCAAUGUUCUCCCUUUUUCCCCUUGGGGUGGAUCCUUCAGGUUCAGAAGCAAUGAAAAGUUGAAAACACG